AUGGCCAAGUUUUGCGAAAUAAAGAGUGGGUUCUGGGACAUCUCGGCAAGCUUAUGUUUCCGUGGCCAGCGAAUAUUCUUACACAAUGCAAGUGGCUGGUUUGGUGAUGUUCCUUUGGAAGCGUCUGGAGAUUUUGGUAUUCAUCCCGAGGAAGGAGAGUUUCAUCUUAUGUGUCAGGUUUCUUGCGUGGAAGUAAAUGCCUUGAUGAAAACUUUCAAGAUGAAGCCUCUUAUGUUUCCGCUGGCUGGUUCAGUGACUGCAGUGUUUAACUGUCAAGGUCCAUUGGAUGCUCCUAUAUUUGUGGGAAGUGGAAUGGUAUCUAGAAGGAUGUCCCAGUCAGUUUCUGAUUUUCCUCCAUCUGCCGCAUCAGAAGCAGUUUUGAAAAGUAAGGAAGCUGGUGCUGUGGCAGCGUUUGAUCGUGUACCAUUUUCAUGCGUGUCUGCCAAUUUCACUUUCAACACUGAUAGCUGUGUCGCUGACUUGUAUGGAAUUAGAGCUAGUCUUGUCGAUGGAGGUGAAAUUCGAGGGGCUGGGAAUGCAUGGAUUUGCCCAGAGGGUGAGGUUGAUGAUACAUCAAUGGAUGUGAAUUUCUCCGGAAGUAUGUGCUUUGAUAAAAUUCUGCAUCGAUAUAUUCCUGGGUAUCUUCAACUGAUGCCACUGAAAUUAGGGGAUUUAAAUGGAGAAACAAAACUUUCUGGAUCCCUUCUGAGACCGUUUAUGUGUUAUUUUUCUAAUGUUGGAGGUUUGACAUUAAAUGGACGGCUCCAAAGGCUGAAGGGUCCUUCAGCGAUGCUUGAGGAGAUAUCAUAAUAGCGCAUGAUUCCAUUACUAUUAAUUCCUCAUCUACUGCCUUUG